GGGAAGAAUCCAGCGAUCAACGAGGAAAACGAUCAUUUUCGGUUUGCUCGGAUUUUGAUUCCCCCCCGGUCUCCCGUAACACACAAGACUCUGACUGGAUCCUUGUCCUUUGUUCCUUUCUAGAGACUGGCAAGUGAAUACUACUUCACCAUGCUUGCUCACAAGUUUCAUUCACGUCCUUCAUUGAUCUCUUGCAACAGCACGCACGGAAUACGUUCCGAUUCGAAUCGCGGGUUUGACAACUCCACCACGUCGCUUUCCGUGGAGUCGCGGUCUCAUCCGGGGCCAUCGUGGAAACGUGCGCUGCCCGUGUCUGGAAUGCUGGAUGCAUCCGCCGCUCUCUUGCUUCUCCAAGUUGGCAAGAUUGCUACCGACGAAGUUCAGAAAGAUUCUCUGGUGUACCAGCCAUCCUUGUUCGGAAACGUUCCUCCCCACACGGAGAGCUCCGUUUUCUCCUCCGAUGAAGAUUCCGAUCGAGCAGAAUUUGUUCCGGGGGAAGCCCGCAUAAGUGCGCGCCACCGAUGCCGUACCGUCUCGGUUGAUGUGCUGGAAUAUCAAGGACGACGAACGCAAACACAACAUUCGCAGCGACCCCGUCUCCUUGCUGGUCCCGUGAUUCAUACCGUCCCACCUUCUCCCACGGGACCAAAGCCGAUCAAGUCUCUAAGUACAACUACAACUGCUUCGACCCUGUCCCUGGACGGAAUCACUACUAAAAACCCGAGUACUUCCGCAAGCGAACCUUUGGUCGUUCCCCACAAGCCUUCCGCGAAUCUCGUGGGGAUCACCACCGCACACGGAAGGAGCGUCAAGGGUGUGCUACGGCGUAAAUUCUCUUGGAAGAAUUUCCCCGAACUGGAAACCUACCUGAUCGAUAAUCGUCAACAGUAUUUGCAGUACAGUUCCCAGCUAAACUACACUUCGGAACAAAAGCGCUACAACAACCGUCUCACGCAAGGCCUGCUGGAUUUGGCUGCCGAGGAAGGUUACGUCUUUGAAGACUUUACCUUCGCGGCCAUUCGCGACCGGAUUCGUUGCUACUACAAAUCCUGCGUGCAGGCCGCCAAGAAGAAAAAGCGCAAGCGUCGCAAGUAAACGCAAAAGUCACGCGCAAGCGUUGUUGACCCAAACCCGUUUUUCGGAUUGUGUCUGCGGAGCCAGACAUUUUCCGCCCUCCACCGUGCAUACGCCAUUCAUCUCCAUAUCGUCCACGCAAACCUGCACACGAACCUACACGUUCACAACCCUCUCACUACUAUAUUUCUUGCAUAUAUACAAGCGUCAAGUGCCAGUCUCGGCCAAGUCGCGAGUUUUGAUCCAUUUUUCGUCUAGCGAGUAAAUCAACUUUACUAGUCUCUGAUUGCAUACCAA